AUGUUCCAAGGGCGAACAAAGUACACUAGCAACUUCUUGGUGAAGGUGGGUACUUGGCAGCUAGAGGAAUCCGUGGCUGUGGGGGAAGAACCAACGUAUAUUUUCCUUCGCAUCCCAAUACCCCGGGUAUGGUUGUCGACAAACCGGCCCAGGAACGAUCUCUGCUCCUCAGAAUUCCAGUCGUCAUCAUCAACGCCUCCGCCCGCCAAGGGCGAAAUGGUUGCUUUAUGUUGCCACUGUUGUCACAGGGACCUCCGGGCACUUGCGUCAAGACGGACAGGAUCUACAGCUGGAGCACUACGACGUCCGCGUUCUUGCUUUGUUGCUCAUCCUCUAUUAUCUUUCUUCGCACCUCUGUUCCAUACUUACCAACAUGGCCAGGCAUCAUCUGGGCCCGGUUUUUGUAUUAUCUUUGCUGGUAGCUGUGGUCAAACAAAUUUAUCCGAUUGCCUGACGACCGCUCAAGUUUCCCACCUUUCUUUCUCUGCCAUUUUUAUUAUGGGGCAGUCGGUCCAUACUUCAGCAGCUUUAACUCUCAGAAGUACCUCACAGACGUCGAACAUGAUGGAUUUUCAGAACUUCCUAAGGAAGAUGGUGAAUCUUCAACCCCGCGACGUGGUAGGAAACGAAGAUCUCCGAAAUCAAACUGUCGACGAGUCAGCAAACUAUAUUGUAAGCUGGUUCUGGAGAGCUAAUGGUGUAACUAUGGAAGAGGAUGGAGUGGAUGAUGCCCGGACAGUUCAUUCGCAGGGUGUUUAG